UCUUUCGCCGAAAUCGCCUUUCGGACUAAGUGGCACCCAACUGCGUCGUCAUCGUUGGCUGCUUCGCAGCGUAAGUUUCACAGCGAACGACAGUUGCCAGAGAAAUCCGACGAUGCGUCGGUGGCCGCCACGGGUCACGCCGUCGGUCUCUUCCUCUUCCCCUCCGGCAAAGGUCGUGCGCACCUCUUCCAGUCAGCGCAGGCCAGUUCCUGCUACAGCCACACAGGUACCUAUAAGAACCAGGAUGUCGCCGACGUGAAGCCGUCUCCUCACGGGGAUAACCACUUCGUGACCGCGCCCCCGGUGCAGCCUCACACCCAUCAGAAGGCUCUGGAUGUCGUGCUCCAAGCAUUCCCUUGGUCACACAGAUCCCUCCAGCGUGUCCUCCGGGAGUUUGGCCGUGACCAAGACGGCGCACGGGUAAUCAGCAUCUGUUUCCGCCUGGGCACAUCUACCACGGCUGCCAACCCAGUCUACGACCUUGUUUCGCGUGUUCAGAUCUUCGAAAAUCUGACGCCCGAUACGACAGGUGACCGGGUGGUAAACAUCCUUUACGCCAACCAGUCUUUCGGUGCAAGCGAAGAGGACUACCUGCGCGCUUUACCUCCACCAUCAGAUGACCCCCGAUCUUUUCAGGACCUUGCUGAGGUCAACGGCGGUGAGGCUGCUGUUGUCCACUAUGCGAUUCCGUCACCGGAAAUCCCAUUCAUGUUGCAUCAUCGUGCAAGGGGAGUCGGCGCGGCGCCCAGCAAGUCGCACUUAAACAACGACCACCGAGGCUUGGUAUGCCGAUGCUUCAUCCAAGAUCUUCGUUUGGUCUGGGGCAUUCCUCCGCGCAGUAUAUGCGUAAUUACCUUCACAGGUAGGCAUACGCGCCAGAUCAAAGAGCUGCUCCAUUCAUUCAACCUCGACGUCGAACUCAUGUCCACCGUGGACUCCGUCCAACGGACGAGAGAAAAAGGUAGUCAUUUUACUUUCGCACCAGACGGCGAUUUCUCUCCAGCAGUCAGCGGAGUUCCUCAGGCCUAUACCGACGUCUCAACACGUGCCGUUUCGCGCUGGCCGUCAUGGUCAAUUCGUCUUGGCAUGCUUGAUUCGCUAGCGCGCAGUGCAGCUGGAAUCCCCUCCUUCAGUGCCCGACUCCGGUGCUACGUCCGGCACCUGAAGCCUGGAGGGUCCAAGAUGCCGCUGUUCCCACCAGCUGGCGUCACGCAUAUGUUAUCCCAG